AUGCUGCCCAAGGAUGACAAGAAGAAGAAAGAUGCUGGAAAGUCAGCCAAGAAAGACAAACACCUCCGUGAACAAGUCCAGGGGAAGGCCGAAAAGAAGAAGCUGUCCAAAGGCAAAGUUUGGGACAAGCUCAAUAACCUAGUCUUGUUUGACAAAGCAGCUUAUGAUAAAUUCUGUAAGGAAGUUCCCAAAUAUAAGCUUAUAACCUCAGAGAGACUGAAGAUUCGCUGCUCCUUGGCCAGGGCAGCCCUUCAGGAGCUCCUUAGUAAAGAACUUAUUAAACUAGUUUCAAAGCACAGAGCUCAAGUAAUUUACACCAGAAACACCAAAGGUGGGGAUGCCCCAGCUGUUGGAGAAGAUGCAUGAACAACAGGUCUGACUGGCUGUACAUUUUGAAAAAUAAACCUUUAUUAA